AUGGCUAAGUUGCACACAGGCAUCUCACUAAUCCAAGAACCAUUGUUAGUAAGAGGUGUCAUUAGGGGGCUAGGUGGGGCUGGUCUAGUUUGUUACAGGGACUGCAGAGCUGCCAAACCCAGAACGUGCAUUCUUACUAAGGGUGUCAACGCAACUCCACUAUUGGAUCUGUGUUCAGGGGACCUAAUGGUGGUGGUAACUAACCUGGAGGGUAUAGGUUGGUGGACUACUGUAUGGAAAAGGGACCCUCCUCUGCUGCUGGGCUGCGAUGCAAACUCACAACAUACGGUGUGGGGGAGCUCAAAGGACAACCAGAGUGGACAGGAGCUACUGGAAUAUCUAAUCGGAACGAAUCUAGAUAUUCUCAACACGGGUUCGACCCCGACUUUUAGCAAUGUGUUUAGGCAGGAAGUGAUUGAUAUCACUCUCUGCUCCAAAAGCAUUGAAAAUAAGAUAGUCUUCGAGGUGGAGUCUGCGGUCCGAUCCGAAACUAAGUGGAUUCGUAAUCCCAGAAGGACGGAUUGGGCUAGUUAUAUCUCAGAACUUCGAAGGACACUUUCUGGUUUACCGGGUAAGAUAAGAGAUUAUCAGACCCUGGAUGAGGCAGCCAAUGAUUUUACAAAGGCUAUUAAGGCAGCUUAUGAAAGUAGCUGCAAACCGACAAAAGUAUUCUCGGGAAAAGAGGUGUGCUGGUGGAACGAAAGAUUAGAACAUCUCAGGAGAGAAACCAGGAGACUCUUUAAGCGUGCCAAGAAAAGGCGCACGACUAAUGGUUGGUCUGAUUUUACGAAAAUGAGAGACGACUAUAGAAAUGAAGUAAGGAAAGCAAAACAAGACAGUUGGAAUGCUUUCUGCUCUAGCAUGAAAAAAGGGAAAGAGACGGCCAGAUUGGAUAAGCUGCUCGCUAAGAACCCUGAUGCAAUUCUGGGCACUUUAAUGUUGCCGGACGGGACUUUCUCUGAGUCGGACGAUGGAACCUUGGCUUGUCUGGUCCAGGAACACUUCCCGGGCUUUUCGAGGUCUGGGGAGGGCACAUCCGAUCCUGAGCCGCCAACAAACCUUCCGCAGGAUGAUUACCGGUCGCGGAGGCAGUUGGCUAACAGGAUUGUGACUGCCGAGAGGAUCAGAUGGGCCACGGAAUCUUUCAGCCCUUACAAGUCUCCGGGUCCUGAUGGCGUCUACCCUGUCCUCUUGCAAAGAGCGAUAGAUGAGGCUGUUGGACCAUUGGUAAGGCUUGCUAGGGCGAGUCUGACUCUGGGAUAUGUCCCGAUAGCGUGGAGGGGUACAAAAGUUGUAUUCAUACCUAAAGCGGGCAAGAACGGUUAUACCUCACCAAAGGAUUUCCGUCCUAUUAGCCUUACAUCCUUUAUCCUAAAAUUAGUUGAAAGGUUGGUGGAUAGAUAUAUUCGCAGUGAGAUUUUGGAGCGGUUCCCGCUACAAAAGGAUCAAUAUGCGUAUAGAGCGGGAUGCUCUACGGAAACAGCUCUGGCUAGAGCAGUAGACCUAAUUGAUGGGCAACUGCAGAAUCAGGGCUUUGCUGUGGGUGUUUUUAUGGACAUAGAAGGAGCUUUUAGUCAGGCCUCUCCGGAAUCCAUAAAAAGAGCUAUGACAGCUUUUAAUAUUCCUACAGGAGUGGAGACUCAGUCCUGA